UUCCUCAUCUCUUCUCCUCACAUCACCUCAUUUCACUCCUCCUCCUCCUCAACAGUGACUAAUCCAAGCCAGAAGCAGUAGCCAGCUCAGAUCGGUUGGCAGAAUGUCUCUGCUGCUUUGUUCUUUUGUGAUGGCUCUGCACCUCUCAACAGGGCUGGAUGCUGCCCCGGGGGUGGUGAACACUACAGAAGAGGAGGUGGAAGGGGUGGACUCCCAGUCACCAUGCCCAGCUGGGUGGCAUCAGAAUGAGCAUCGCUGCUUCUCCUUCUACCCCGUCUGGGCCACCUGGGCCACUGCAGAGUUGUACUGCUCCCAGCACAGAGGGAACCUGGUGUCGGUUCACAGCCCGGGUCAACAGGUGUUUGUCCAGGAUCUGGUCAGGAGACACACAGACCAGCCGGUCUGGAUAGGAGGCUACGAUGCAGCUCAGGAGGGGAUGUGGCUGUGGAGUGACGGCUCAGCUGUUGACAGUUUCUACUGGGAGGAGGAUGAGCCCAGUAACUCUGGACAGGGGGAGAACUGUAUGGAGCUACACACUGGAGGUGGGCAGGGCUGGAAUGACGUGUCCUGUGGAGAGCUGAGGUUCUAUGUGUGUUCUAUGGAGACAAGAUCUGGUUUAGCAUCAUUGCCAAGUCAGAAGAAAACACACGAGAGAGGUAGGAAUGUCUUGACCCAUUGCCUCGGAUAG